AUGAAGGUACGCAAAUGUCCAACGGACGAAUUGGCUGUUACCAAUGCAGCUGUCGUUAAUAAAGACGAUUUCGACGCUCAGGGUGUAAACACUCAAUCUUCAAAAAAAAAAAAGAGAGACCGCUAUGCUCAUAUUCAUUCCAGGCAUAUCCAAAUGCAGACCGGUCCAGGACAUCGUUACGUGUUUACUAUUCGUAAUCACCCAUCGAUGAAGAGACAAGAAAUUGCCUUCGCUAUCGCUCAAAGAAAAUGGGCUGUUCUUAGUCUGGAUCAAGAAGUUCUCGUAGCGCCUUUUGCCUUCAAGAGCAACCAAUACAUCGGAUCUAUAACUCUAUCAGCGGAUUUCCAGUUGAAGAAAAAUGCCACUUCUGAACCGUUGAAUUCUGAUUUUAUGGCACGUGAAUUCUCCAUACAAUUUGGUGGUAUGGCAUUUACCAAGGGUGAAUUGUGUGUUUUCCAAUUCAACGAUCCAGAAAAGGGAAAGACCUUCACGUUAUCUCUCAUCGUGAAGAGCAUUGAAGGUAUUGAUAUCAACGCUGCUGCUGCUGGCGAUGAAAAGUCGAAACCCUUCCCGAUCGACUGCGGGCAGCUGUUGCCUAAUUCGGCCGUUAUUUUUGACAAAGAGGAAGGAUCCACGAUUAACCUUGUAGGAAAAAGUAAAGGGAAGUCCGCUUAUCGCUCCAUAAUCAACCCAGACUGGGAUUUCCAAAAGAUGGGUAUCGGUGGCCUGGAUAAGGAGUUUUCUGGAAUUUUCCGACGAGCCUUCGCUUCGAGGGUAUUUCCACCUGAGUUCAUUGAACAACUUGGAAUGAAACACGUGCGAGGUAUCCUGCUAUUCGGUCCGCCUGGUACUGGAAAAACGUUGAUGGCGCGUCAAAUAGGUAAAAUGCUGAAUGCACGAGAACCGAAGAUUGUGAAUGGUCCGCAGAUAUUGGAUAAGUACGUCGGAGAGUCGGAGUCUAAUGUCCGAAAGUUGUUUGCUGAUGCAGAAGAAGAGUGGAGGAGAUGCGGUUCAAAUUCUGGUUUACAUAUUAUCAUCUUUGACGAAAUCGACGCUAUUUGCAAGCAGAGAGGUUCUAUGGCCGGCUCAUCAUCUGUUCAUGAUACUGUGGUCAACCAACUGUUGUCAAAAAUGGAUGGCGUAGAGCAGUUGAACAAUAUCCUUGUAAUUGGUAUGACCAACAGAAAAGACAUGAUCGAUGAGGCCUUGCUUCGACCCGGUCGUCUUGAAGUCCAGAUGGAAGUCAGCCUUCCCGAUGAAUUCGGUCGCCUACAGAUCCUGAAAAUCCACACUUCACGAAUGAGGGAAUACAAGAAACUGGACCCAGAAGUAAAUCUGGAAGACCUGGCCAAACGAACGAAAAAUUUCUCCGGUGCCGAAAUUGAGGGUCUCGUAAGAGCAGCCCAGUCUAGUGCUAUGAAUCGGCUAGUAAAAGCUGGAGGAAAAGUCCAGCUUGACCCUGAUGCUAUUGAUAAAUUGAUGAUUAAUGCAGCCGAUUUUGAUUAUGCCCUCGAAAACGAUAUUAAACCGGCAUUUGGGCGAAGUGAUGAAUCAUUGGAAAAGUUCCUCCGUCGUGGUAUGGUUGUGUGGGGUAGCGAGGUGACACGCAUACUCGAAGAAGGUGCUCGUCUAGUUGAAGAGACUGUGAAUCCAGAUGCUGGCGGCUUUGUUACUGCAGUGCUAGCAGGACCUCCACGAUCUGGGAAGAGCUUCCUGGCCGCUGAAAUAGCUCGCGCCUCAGACUUCCCUCUCAUUAAGGUGGUAUCACCUGGAGAUAUGGUAGGGUUCUCGGAGUCUGCAAAAUGUCAAUGCCUUAGGAAAGCCUUUGCUGAUGCAUUCCGUUCAAAAUUAAGUGUUCUGCUUAUAGAUAAUGUUGAAAGAUUGUUAGACUAUUCACCCGUUGGACCGCGUUUUUCUAACCUGGUUCUUCAAGCACUUUUGGUUUUGCUGAAUGAACCUCCUCCACCGGACCACCGACUUUUGGUUCUGGCCACAUCCUCUAAUCGGUCUUUCUUGAGGGAACUCGAAUUGAUAAAUGCAUUCGGCCACGUCAUCGAUGUGCCCGUUUUGACGUCGCCAGCUCACAUAAUGCAUGUCCUUCAUGAAUCUGAUGUUUUCUCACAACGAGAACUGGACAAAAUGAGUAAUGAUCUGCAGAAUCUUCUUCAACAACAAAGCUAUGGAAUCGGCAUAAAACGUUUGCUCGGAGUGAUUGAUUUCUGCCGGAAGUGUGAAGAAGGAUAUCGAGCUCAAAUGCUUGUCAGCAAAAUAGAGGCGAUUGCACUGGGAAUGGAAUAG